AUGCUGUGGGAAAAGUCGCAUGAAGGAAUCACAAUGACGAGAUGUUACGGUAAAGAAAGAAACAGAGAGGCACACACACACAUACAUUCAGCGAUAGCAAUGUUGCUUCUUCGUAUGGAAAAACGCGAUAGUACGCGUGAUUCGUCCGAUCGCGAUAGACGAGCGACAAGCAGUGGAGUUAGGCCACGCCAGGCACUGCUUUCUGGCCUCUCACACUGGGCUCCCGCCGCGAUGACAAAUCGGGCUCCUGGAUCGGCCUCCGCUUCGGCGAGUACGACCAACUCGCAAGGUGUUCUCAUGGUUGGACCCAAUUUUAAGGUUGGCAAGAAGAUCGGCUGCGGAAACUUCGGAGAGCUGCGUCUCGGGAAGAAUCUUUAUAACAACGAACAUGUAGCGAUCAAAUUGGAACCGAUGAAGAGUAAAGCUCCCCAACUCCAUUUGGAGUACAGAUUCUAUAAGCUUCUUGGGCAGUCAGAAGGCUUACCACAAGUGCAUUACUUUGGACCAUGUGGUAAAUACAACGCGUUGGUCAUGGAGUUGCUUGGACAUUCGCUGGAGGAUCUGUUUGAUCUUUGUGACAGACAUUUCUCGUUGAAAACGGUCGCAAUGGUCGCCAUGCAACUGAUCCGGCGGAUAGAAUACGUGCACGCGAAGCAUUUGAUCUAUAGGGAUGUGAAACCGGAAAACUUUCUCAUAGGACGAUAUUCAACCAGAAAACAACAUGUGCUUCAUAUAAUUGACUUUGGUCUUGCAAAGGAAUACAUUGACUGUGAUACCGGAAAACACAUCCCGUACCGAGAACACAAGUCCUUAACUGGUACAGCACGGUACAUGUCCAUCAAUACGCAUCUCGGCAAGGAACAGUCACGGCGAGAUGACUUAGAAGCCCUUGGACAUAUGUUCAUGUACUUUCUCAGGGGUAGUCUGCCUUGGCAAGGGCUGAAGGCAGACACGUUAAAAGAGAGGUAUCAAAAAAUUGGAGAUACAAAACGGCAAACAGCUGUUGAGGUUUUAUGUGAAGGAUUCCCAGAGGAAUUCGCUCAGUAUCUCCGUUACUCACGACGACUCGAUUUUUUCGAAACACCAGAUUACGAUUACUGUUAUAAUUUAUUUAAAGCUGUUCUUGAUCGAUUAGGAGCCAGUUAUGAUUAUGAGUUUGAUUGGACGCCGAAGCUCAACAAUGUGUCAACCCCUUCCGGUUCAUUGCAUACCGCUGAAACGAAGGAAAGCAAAAGAGAGCGGGCAGAUGCUCUCAAACCCAAUCAUGCAUCUACUCAUCCAUUUGGAUCAACACAGGUAAUAAACUCAAAUACUGGUGAAGUGGGCGAUGAUGCGGCAGCAGGACGAGGUGGAGAUAUGCAUCGACAAGACGAACAAUCAGGAGAGGUGAAAUGCUGUUGUUUCCGUCGACGCAGAAGAAAGCAGCCGACGUCAGGGCAGUUAGCACAAAAGUAG